UGAGCGGUGGGAAGCAGGAGGCCGGCGGUGGGGGUCGGCCCCGCGGGGGCUGCCUGCGGGAGUACCCGGCUCUGCCGGUGUGGGUGGUGGAGGACCACCAGGACUAGCAUAAGUUGAGGCCUUCAUCCUAAAUAACAGAUUAUUUACUAGAUUCUUUGCAAACAGAAAGUUUUAGUGUAGUAAAGUCCAUUACAGAAAAUAAUGAAAUUUCUUCACAUUCCCUGUAUGAUAGGGCUGUGAUUCACAAUCCCUGUUGGAUUUGCUCUGGCAGCCAAGGCAGUUGAUGUCCCCUAACUGUGAGAAAGACUCCAUGUACUGCAGUUCAGUGUAAGAGGUGCUGCCUUUCAUCUAUCGUGCCAUUGGUUCAAAGCAUCUUCCUGCCUGUAACAUCAGUUUUGUUCAUCUUGAUUCCCAUCCAGACCUUCUUAUUCCUGUUAAUAUGCCUGCAGAUACUGUAUUUGACAAAGAAACUCUUUUUAGUGAAUUAAGUAUUGAGAACUGGAUUAUGCCUGCUGUUUAUGCUGGCCAUAUUUCUCAAGUAGUAUGGCUUCACCCACCCUGGGCUCAUCAGAUCUCAGAAGGAAAACACAGUUUUCUUGUUGGGAAAGAUGUAUCAACGACGACAAUCAGGGUUACAGGCACAGAUCAUUACUUUUUAAGCGAUGGUCUUUAUGUUCCUGCUGAUCAGCUAGAAAACCAGAAGUCCUUAAAUUUACACGUCAUUCUCAUCAACCCUAUUGAAUCAUCGAAUGGCCAUGAAGAAAAUGGUGAAGUAGCAUCUGCUAAAAGACUGAAGCUAAAUACAGAUGACACAGCAAGCACCACUUCUGCCUCUUCAUCAGUGGGUCUUGGUGACCUUGAUAACAGCACCCCAAGUGUGAAGAAAAAGGAAGUACCGAAUGCAAGUGCCCUGAAUAGGGCAGGAGCCUCACCAGAGUGCUCAACUUCAAGCUGUCUCAAAAACAGUGAAUGCCUAAUAAAGGAAGUUGUUAAAGAUAUCUGCCAAGUGCUGCAGAAAGGGGAUGCAUAUGUUUUGGACAUUGACUUAGAUUUUUUUUCAGUUAAAAAUCCAUUCAAAGAAAUGUACACACAGACAGAAUAUGGGCUCUUGCAAGAGUUGUACAAUUUCAAGAAACCACACAAAAAUGCAACAGAGGAAGGCUUGCUGGAUUGUGUUGAAAACCGUGUUCAUCAGCUGGAAGAUCUGGAAGCGGCAUUUGCAGAUUUGUGUGACAGUGAUGAUGAAGAAACCCUCCAGAAAUGGGCUUCAUAUCCUGGAAUGAAGCCACUUGUUCAACUAGUUCACAGUUUGAAAACCAGGAUGGAAAGCCCAGACUAUGAAAUGGUACAUCAGGCUGGUUUGACCUGUGAUUAUAUGGAGCUUCCUCACCAUGUUAGCACUGAAGACGAGAUCGAAGGCCUCAUACAAUCCAUUAAAGUUCUGCUAAAAGAUAUGCCCAAGCCCACGCUUGUGACUGUUGCUCGAUCAAGUUUGGAUGACUAUUGCCCUUCGGAGCAGGUUGACAUGAUUCAAGAGAAGGUUCUCAAAUUACUCGGUUCGGUGUAUGGCUCUCUGAAUGUGCACUUAGACUACUCAAGCACUUCAUCUUCUUUGUGACCUUGCUUCAUGUAUUGCUGUCUAAUGCAGUGGAUUAAUUUAAAUUUCAUAUUAGCUGUGGUUGCAAGGGGAAAACUACUGUUAUUUCACCAGAUGGCACUAGAGCCCAAGCUGACCCAGAGCUAGUUUUGAGUUGCAUUACUUUCUCUAAGUCAGCUACAUCUGAACUGUUUGUUACCUGUUUGACUUUGUUUAGAUUAGUUCUGUGAUUAUUAUUUUUAUUGUCUUUCUUCUUAAAAUUGGUGCAAGAGAAAUGACUUUUUGUCUAUAAAAUGACACUUCUUUCUGAUUUCUUUGUGUCUGUAAAAAAACCAUAAAAUAUAUAAUUUUUUAAAAUAAAUAGAUAUCUUUUGUGUAAUUAAACUUUUUUUUUAAUUGACUUUGGUGAGUAAAAGAAUUUUUUCCUUAGUUGCAUUAUAUCUUUUAAAAAAUUAUCUGAAUAAUGCCCUUAAGACUGUAGGUUUACAUAGUGAUCUCUCGUAAUUUUUGUGCUUGAGAUGAACCUCUCAUUUCUAUAGAGCAGCUUAUGACUUCUGCCCUAGCCACAGAAUAUCAUUUAUAUUUAUACUCUCUUUCAUUAAUAUUGUCUUAUUUUGCCUUAGUAUUUCAUUGGUGACUCAUAUAAUGUCCUUAAUGUACAGACAUUGGCUUGAUAUUUUCACUUUUACAUAAUUUUGAGGAUAAAAAGUAUGUUUACAUGUGCAUGCUUUUAUCUUUGGAAUCCUGUAAGGAAUUGAAUUGAUAGUUUCUUCAGAAACAAAGAUUUAGCUUCAUUGAAGUCAGCAGCAAAAUCUUCUGUACCAGUUUUUUGCUCAUUUCCGUAUUGCUAUUUGGAAAAUAACAGUUUUAGAAAUGUUUAAUUUAGAAAUCAAUAUAGUUAUAGAGAAAACUGCCACUUUCAGAGAUAAAAACCCCACAGGAUUUAUUUGGGAAUGAAAAUGAAAUGGGAAAGAAAAAAAUGCCACCUAGAAUAUUGUUAUUUGUUAUGAAUAUAUUUUGCGUGUAAUUUCUUCUGAAAUAGUUAGGUUCAUUUGCUAACAUUACUCUUUGCUCUACCAUGAUUUUGUGCACUUUUACAGUUUUUUAUUGCUUCUGCUGUUGAUAUAAAUUACUGUAUUAUAGAUUGUAAAUAUAUAAUCAUUCUAAAAUAUUUCUUCCAGGAGAAUAAAUUCCAUGACCAUGGACCCACCUUCAUUGUGUUUUUGUGACACAUCUGUCACAAGGACAUGCCUAGCCUUGGACCCAGUGUCCUUAAUACUUCAUAAAUUAUGAACAGCCAUACAUUACAUAUAGAAAUGAAGUGCAGUCAGAUCAUGUGCUGAUUGUGUAAAGAUUGGGGUUUUUUUAAAGUUAGAGAUGCUUCUUGCUGGGCUUUGCAUAAGGUUGUAGAAAACAAAAAAACCCAAACAUGUAGGGCACAGCUGAGCCCCUCAGCCACGGGCAGGUGGGCAAGAGCCCUGGGGAAAGCCUGGGCAAGGGAGAUCAAAACACUGCCUUGCAGCCAGGGCUGAGGGAUCCAGCUGGGAGAACCUUUAGCAUGGACCAAACUCAGCAAUGUUUGCAUCUCUGCCUGGGUGCUGCUUUGGGGAUUCCUUGGUUGGUGAGGUA